AUGGGCAAUUCAAGAGCGAGAGCGGUGUAUGAAGCUAACUUACCUGACAAUUUUAGAAGGCCGCAAAACGAUUCGAGUCUAGAAUCAUUUAUACGAGCGAAGUAUGAGCACAAAAAGUAUAUAGCUAGAGAAUGGGUGCCACCUCCUUUACCUAAAGUGAAUUGGGAAAAAGAAAUUGAUGAAGAAUUGGACAAACAAAAGCGAAAGAAGAAAACUACAUUAGAGAAAAAACCUUUGGCUAAUGUGGAGGUUCCUCAGUUGCCUAAACCAACUAAUCCAAGUCCCAAACCUUUAAGGUCUGCAAAUAAUACUCCGGAAACAAAAGAAAAGACCAAGUCCAGUAGUAACAGUAGUGAUCUAUUAGGUAUGAAUGGUGAAGAUAGUUUCAGUAGUUUUAUAUCGGCGUCGCCAGCUCAAACUACACCCAAGACUAAUCUAACCCUUGAAAAAUCUAUUAAAAAAGAAGAAUCCGUUAACAAUGAUAAGAGCGAAGAAGAGAGCUUUUUUAAUCAAACAUUACCAGUGGAAAAAGAAAAGGUCAAAAUGGACAAGAAUAGUAUUUUAGCCUUGUAUGGUAGUGCCCCAACAAUACCCCAGUUCCAAAAUCCUAUGCAAGUACAAUUUCCUACAGGCGCUUUUCAGACAGCACCAGCUCCUCAACAGGCUAGUUUUGCCGCAUUUGGAGGUUUUUCGCAAACAGGAACUCAAUUUCCAAUGCAAAAUGGCCAAUUUUUACAGCAACAAGCCAAUGGCGGUUUUCAAAAUUGGACUAAAACUGGCUCCGUGCAAUUUCCACCAACUCAACAACAGCAGCAAUUCAUGCCGCAAAACCAAUUCCAACAGCAGCCCAACCAAUUUCAAAACGGCCAUCAACCUGUUGUCGCCAACGCCCAAUUUACAGCUGUUUUUCCUCCUACACAACAAAUACCAUUGAACCAAUCACAGUUUGGUACCACUACAGGGUCACUCGGCAAUGUGAACUUUGCUUCAACGUUACCAGGCAACGCUGCAUUCUUUAGCAACCCAUCUCUAUCGAUGCAACAACAAUUUGGUAAUUUAACAUUAGGUAGCGCCACAACUGUUGCACAGCAGCCAAAUGUUGGUGCGCAUACGUGGCAGUAG